UCCGUGACUUCAACAAAAACAAAUAAGUUUAUUGACGUUUGUAACUAAGUUUUGAACACGUACAGUGCUAUAAUUGCAAAUGUAAAACCAAAACAAAUAUAUCUAAUUGUUGAUUGUAACGUUAUACAACGUAAAACAAACUUCUAACUUAAAACUGUUUAUAUUAAAUAGUUUGGUGUGGCAACCGUGCUAAGUUGAGAAGCGCAACAGUUUGUUUCGUCCGCCUUUCGGCUCGGGCUCCUUCGAUUUUGUUUCGGUUAUAUUUCUCUGCUAGACGACCAGUCAUACGUUUGGUUUCGGACGGUGUUACCGCGUCGCGCGUCUUUAUCUCUGAAACUUUUAUCUUGCGACGAUUAUGUACUAUCGAAAAAUGUUAUAAAACCGAUACGAAACUCGAUUGAAUCUUUGGAUUUGUGUUGUUCAUGUGUUGUAGUGUGUUCUCUGUGUAUAUUUCUAAGUGUAUCAAAGUGCAUUCCUGGUGAUUCAUCUCGUGAACAAGAAAUCUGUUUAGUGUAACCCCUUAGGUAUGUCUUGUAUUACUCAUAAAAAUAAGUGUGCCAGUUAAAGUAUUGUGUGAACGUUGUUUUUUGGACCUGCAAAAGCAGUUUGUUACUACACGACUGUUCUAAAAAGGUAAAGCCAACGCUUACUCAGUAUGCACAAAUUCACGCGGGAAAAGUCACGAGAUUCAACUAUAGUGAUAAGUUAUACGAUCGAGUUGUCGGAAGAUGAGAACUGUCUACAUACAACAUCACUCAAUGGACUCUUAACUGAGAUGUAAAGAACCGUCAACGUCACGAAUAUUUGAGAUACUGAACUUUCGACUCGUGGACACCGAAUCUGGCAGUUGAAACCUCUGAUAGUCUUAUGGUUCGAGAGCACAUGAGUCAAAAAUGGACAAGAGAGUCCUGCAUCUACUCUUCAUUCUGUGUCUCAUCAUGGGAGUGAAAGCUGAUUUUACAUCUAAUUGCCCGCAGGGUUGCAAGUGUGUUUGGGCGAGUGGUAACAAGCAAGCUAACUGUUCUCAAUCGAAUCUUCAAAAUAUACCUAGAACAUUAAGCACAGACAUCCAAAAUCUUGACUUAAGUUACAACCCGCUCUAUGAAAUAUCGAGCAAUGCAUUCGACGAUGUUCAACUGAUCAAUUUAAAAAAGCUUCAUUUAAGAGACUGUAAAUUGGAAACAAUCCAUAGAUAUGGUUUCAGUGGACUGGCAAUCAUGAUUGAAUUAGAUUUAUCUAAGAAUUCCCUGAAAACAUUACACCCAGAUACGUUUAAAGAAACAUCUAAAAUCAGGUGGAUUAUAUUGAAAGAUAACCAGUUAGAAAAAUUAGAAGAUGGACUUUUUAGCAAUCUGCAGUUUUUGCAAAAGGUCGAACUAAGCAACAACCGCAUUGUACAGAUCGGAGUAAAAACAUUCUUUAAUGUCCCGAAAUUAAAUACAUUGGAAUUAGACGGUAAUAAAUUAGAAUAUGUUAAGGUUGAUACACUGAAUUCUUUAACGUUAUCAAAUUUAAAUGUUCAUGACAAUCCUUGGAGGUGUGAUUGCUAUCUGCAGCCAUUUAGAAAUUGGGUCAUCAGUAAACAUCUGUACACUUCGCCUAUAACUUGCCAUGAACCAGCAAAAGUCCAAGGAAAGACGUGGAAAGAUUUGGAUACUGGCGAUUUUGCUUGUCGUCCAACUAUUGUUUAUCCUUCAAAUAGUACUACCAUUAGAUCAUCUGAUAACAACAUAACACUUUCAUGCCAAGUGAAUGGGAAUCCACUGCCAGAAGUUAAUUGGGUGCUGAAUGCUCAAAUUAUCGACAAAUCUUAUAGAUAUCAAGGUGAAUUAAAAUAUGAUAUUGUAUCAAGUAGUAGUGAUAAUAGCAAAUGGGUUAAUUUAACGAUUAUGGAUGCUGGUACUACAGACAAUGGGGAGUAUUUAUGUGUUGCUAAAAAUCAAGGUGGUGUGGAAGAGAGGAGUAUAACUCUUGUAGUGACACAUGUCAGUCCCGAUGUCAUACCACCAACUGGAAUGGACAGUAAUAUGCUCCCACUUCUAAUUGGUACAUCUGCUACAGCAGCUGUAUUAUUGAUAAUACUUAUCAUCCUGUGCUAUUGCUGCUGCCGACGGCGUGUUUCGGAAAAGAAAAAAGCAGACGUCUCUAACGGAGAAGCUUUGAUAGAGGGAUCAGUUAUACCAGAAAUGGAGAAAAGUUUAAUGAAUGCUGUGAAUCCAGUGACGAAGCCCCCAAGGAGGUAUGACGCACCACCGUCCAUCACCAGUGGCACAGAGAUGUCAGAAUUAAACAAAACAUUGCUGGACAAUGACUUCGUAUAUGCACACAAUGAUGACGAGAAACGGUCGCUUGGAUUUGAACAUAUAACCAAACGAUCACACGACGCUCUAGACGUAGAGUAUGAACGAACAAAUGGCCGAGCUUAUCCUCCAGACUUGUUAUCUUUCCCGCCGAGAGCUGCCCAGAUUUCUCCAGCAGCGAGCAAUGCAUCUACAGUACCCGAUACUACAAGAUUACCUCCGCAAAUAAAUCCAGUCAGUCCAAUACAUUCGCCAAUCUACGGCAUGACAACCAAUCAAAAUCUCUUUAGGACUUUACCAUACUCUCGUUCGCAAUCGCCCUUCACGGCUCCAAUAACUCCACCUGUUGUUACGCCAAGACAAGGAUAUGUAACAAUUCCGAGGCGACCUAGAGUACCAAGUUGGUCUAGUACAGCAAGUACCCAAAUCCUACCAAGCGCCGAAGCUCAAGAGCCAUUGUAUGAUAAUUUGGGAUUAAGGACGACUGCAGACGGUAGUUCGGUUCUCUCUCUAAAUAAAACAGGAUUAGAAGCACAGUUUUCUCCAAUGAGAAAUCGUCCUUUGCCAGCGACACCAACAUCUUAUCAACCCCCACACCCAGCAUAUUGUGCUCCUAUUGAAGAACUAGAACCGUCUCCAUCUCCUGUUCCUGCUCACUAUGGAACUAAUGUAAGGAAUAGCAUGUCCUCACAGCUGUCUUCUACACCAGGUCCACAAGAACCAAUGAGUCCACGGAUGAGUUGGACAACGAAAAAUACUUCCACUCCACAGCCAGAUUCUAAGAAAGCACUUUUCAACUACCCAGACACUAAAAGCAUGGAUAGCCAGUCGCAGGUAUCCGAUAUUAGUACGUUGAGCCGGAAGGGUAAUAAACCAGAGACAGGAUCUUUGAGAAGGAAUCCUAAAACAGAAAAUGAGGAGAUAAAAUCUCCAUCGAAAGAUGACACGAGGAAAAACGAAAGUGGCGUGUCUCUGAACCAGUCUGGAACGCUCGGUAGAAGUGGCAAAAUCCCACCAAGGCCUCCCCCGAAGCCCAAGAAAAAACUUAGCACAGAAGUGAACCCCAACGAAACACUUUUAGAAGACGAGGGCGAAGACGGCACGGAAGUUUAGCAAUUGAGUGAUUAACUGAAAAUUAUGUACCAAAGUGCCAAGUGCUAAAGUGAUUUCGACACAAAAGUGAUAUAAUUGAGAACAAACCGAUCGUAUGAAGUGAUACGAUUAUUUUUUUGCGGUGCUCGUGUAAAUAUCGUUCGUGCUAGGUUUUUUACCUUUGCGUACAAUUAAAAUCCUAUGGACCAUUUUAAGAGUAUUUAAGUGUUUAUUGUAAUAAAUAUUAUGACGUUGAGGACAUCCGGAUUUCUUAAUCAAUGGUUUAAUUUUAUUAUUUAAGUAUUUAUUCUUCGUCGUAAUUAUUGGCUAAGAGGGAACGUUAUUUGAACUAUUUCUGUUGCUAGUUCGAGCAGCAUAAUUUUCAUCCACUUCCAAGACUGAUUAUUCUAAAUUAACAGUUUUCUCGUCUUACAUUCCCGUUUUUACAAUAUGGAUUCCAAUUAUCAAUAGAUUUGCUAGAAUGAUUUCACUAACAGUAGAAUAUCUAUAUUUGGAAGACUGAUUGUGAUUGUUAGUCGCUUUUAACUAUUGAUCAGGUCAAUAGUUAGUUUAAAGCGUUUGUUAUCGGUUUAGUAGAAAAAUGUUUACAAGUUAAUAUCUAUACAUGUCACAUAUAAUUUAAAUAGACGCGGGUAGUCGAUUUAUAAUUUAACAGUUUGAAACGAAACAAUAGUUUUUAUUUCCUUUUUAUAUAUAUUGUAAUGGCAAACAAAAUGGCUUGAUGCAAUUGUUGUUUAUAUGCAAAAAACUGUCUAGAAGUAUAAAUAUCACAGGGUAUUAUACAUUGUAAUACCUUAUAUUCUCACCAUUUCUGAUAAGAUCUUGUGCCUCUCUAUCCUUAGUUUAAAUAUUUUGAAAUACUUAUAAAGAAAAACUGCUUGAUAAAAAUGUAGGUGACAUGCAUCGAUAUUACUUUGGUGUGUAUAUUUGAUUAGGGACUUCAGAAAGAUAUUAUUGUUGGUAGGACCUAAUAUAGAUCAACGAAAAUAACCAUUUUCAUUGACAAAAAGUUAUUAAUCUAAACUAGUUUAAUAGAUGCGAACUAUCAGUGUGUUCUGUCGGAAAUACUUAAGUAUGUUUAACAUAUAUUAAUAUUUAUAUCCGUAUUAGAUAACACAAGGGUGUUAAUAGUUCAAAAUGUAUUAAUUAACAUUAGUAUCUUUUAUUAUUGUUUAAUCUUUUAAUCGCCUCAUUCGGUUGUCGCACCCAUUAGCGUCCAUAGCUGUCUUUGCUUUUUUAUUUUCGUUUAUUUAACAGUUUAUUGCGUUAAUACAGUAACAAUAAAAGUAAUAGAACAUAGAAUACAAGUUUAUAUUAUUUAAAAAUGUAUUGUCAUAGUCAGAAAUAUAUAUUUUUUUAUUUAUACAGUACAAUACACUCUAAUAUUAGAUAAAAAAUAUGACAGAGUAAGCAAAUGUAAAAGAGUUCUUUUUAAAACUAAGUCCAAUUUAAAAUUCCUGAUUUGGACGCUAUGGGGACGGCAACUGCUACAAAGCAAUCUAAAGGUUAUUUAUUUGAUAUAUCGGGUUUUUUUUUAUUUUUAUACAAUAGUGUUUUCGCUUGUUUGUAACAAUAUCUUGUCUAAGUCCUUAUAUCGUUGACUAAAAUAUUUUAACUUUGCUUAAUCUAAGUUAAUGUCAUUUUAGUUUAAAUAACACGAGACUGUUUUCAACAUUCUCUAAUUCAACUGACGUGAACGGCAUAUUGCAAGCAAUUCUAUGUUUCAUAAUAUUUGAAUGGUUCCUAACGAUUUUAGUGCUUUUGUUACUGUUAGUUGUUGUAUUAAAUAAGUUAACGGUUCCCAUUUUAGAAGCUGGUGCUUUUUUUUUAUCUUAGAUCGGUGACGUAUAGAUAGAGUGUCACCCUAUAAACGGACAGAAGUUGUUUAACCUCGUUGUAAAAAUGGCGGGCUUUUAAAAUUAACAUUUUUAAUAUUACCAUAAUUGGGGGGGGGGGGAGGGUUGUUCCGGUAGUUACCACGCUUAGCAGGCAGGUUAGCAACCGCAAUGAUUUUAUGCUAUUGGAUAGUUUGUGUUUACACAAAUUCAUAAAAAUAAACUUUGUUGGAAAGAAAUAACAGGUGAAUUUCUUGUUAAUUGUUCUGCUUUUCAACUGAAAUUGUUUUGAGAUUGAGUGAUGGAAUUGUUAAAAAAAAAAAACUAUUCAAAAAUGCUUAAGUUUGAAUUUAAUUAUUUUUAUUCUACUUUUUUGUAAUUCGAACUGUCAUUGUAUGUAUUUAUAUUUACUACGUUAUCGAUUCAUACUUUAGCCUGACAAAAGUUGAAUAUUUGAACAUUCAGUACGAAAAACAACUCGUCAAUAAACGGUCAGCGUUUUUUUUUCGACACUCUAUCUAGACGCAUAUGGUUCAUUUUAUUCGUGUACUCUUUGCAGUAAUGUUCUUGUCGAAGUACAUUUUUUUGUAAUAAAUUACACUCGUUUUUAAUAUUUUAGACGAUUUUUUUUAUUAUUCUUUCACGUGCUAUUUUAUACAACUUUAGUUUUACACAAUUUAUUGUACAAUUCACUGUAUUUACAUGUACUGUAAACAUCCAGUUCUUUAUAGUGUUAAGUGCUGUAAAUACAAAUAAUAUUAAAAGUGAUUAAAGCUAUAUUUCAGUAA